AAUGGCAAUGUGAUGUGUGAGAUAAAUGGAGCUUCACUCUCUAGUGAACCUAAUCUCAACACACCAGGAGUCGACCACUUCACAAAAUAUCUUAACUGCCAGAAUGGAGCCACUAAGAGUCCAGGAAAAUGUCACUGUGUGGUGGGUUACUAUGGUGAUGAGUGUCAACACAUUGUAAAAGAUUGUGAAGAGGUGGUCACCAUCCUUGGGGGUUCAAACAGGAUGUACCUCACCCAUCCUCCUGGUGUACCCUCCCCUAUAGAGGUGCGCUGUACAGACAAGUGGACAAUGAUCUACCAAAAGAGGUCUCAGACUGGAUAUGACCCGGAUAUAUACACAGAUUGGGAAGGAUACAAAUUUGGAUAUUUUACAGCAGAAUUUGGACAAUUCUUGGGCUUGGACAUGCUUCAUCUGAUAACAUCUAACUCCAAUUAUCAAGUAAAACUCAAAGUGAAUCCCCAGAAUGAUCUAUUUGGGACAGAUUAUGUCUACACAUAUGAUAGCAUAUAUGUUGCUAACGAGACAGAGAAAUACAAACUGACACUCGGAUCAAUGGUUGAUUUCACCUGUCUUGGCAACACAUGUGAUACAGAUCCUGAUAUAGCUAUUGCUUCUACGAUUGACCCUGCCCAGGCCUGGAGAGGGAUGAAGUUCACAACAACAGAUUCGGACAAUGACAUGUCAGCUACACUAAACUGUGCAGAUGAAUUAGAAGGAGGUGGUUGGUGGUACAAUGAUUGUACCCAGUGUGGUAUAACAGCCACAUCAGUGGUACCACCUAGCCCAGGCCUAGAAAGACUCUGUAUGCCUGAGAUGUUAUAUAAACAAUGCAGUUACAGCUAUUGUAUGACAACAGGAAUGAUGAUCCUUAUUAAACCUAUUCAUUAGAAGAAAAAAAAUGCCUCUAUAAAGGAAACAUACAUGUAUAGAGGAAAUGUACCUGUUUACAGGAAACAAUAAAAUGUGACCUCAAGAAUUAAAAAAAAUAUGUAUUACACGUAUAGCUGUAAAAACUUUUAUUCAUGAUGUCACAAAAUUAAUAUUGAAACAGUUAAUUUUUCUC